AUUCCCCACGUUCUCGGAAGAAUCACAAAAGACCGCACCAUGGAGCGACAAAAAACCAGAACGAAAAAGAAAAAGACGCAAAAGCCACCAAUGGGAUUUAAGAAGGCUCCCCAAGCUCCAAAACGGUUCAAAAGGUGAGUUCGAGAGUGUAUCCGUUUGGUAGUUUUGCAUGGUCGCGUGCUGUGCCCUUUUUGGGUGUUGAUGCAACUCUUUUGCAAGGACACUGGUGUGCAGUGCGUAUUCCGUAUUCGCAGUCUAAGCCAAAUUGAUUCUUGCUGUUGCUUGUUUUACAUUGUGGUUCAGCCCGUACAUUCUUUUUAGCAUUAGCAAGAUGCAAGAAUAUAGGGUCCUCAACAAGAAUACCAAGGUAACAUGUUUCUCUAGUCUGAUCUCGAAGGAGUGGAGGGGAUUGUCAGAACAUGAAAAGAAAAAAUGGAAAGCGAUCGCAGAAAAGGACAAACUUCGAUACAAUGCCGAAAAGAGCUUGUACAAAGGCCCAUGGCAAGUGCCGACAGAACGCCCACGAAAGGUAGGUUUACUAAGUCGCUCCAGCUCUCGUUCAUUCAUGCUAUCAAAUGAAUAUGCUCACCCGUUGCUAUCAUCUUAUCUGGACCCAUCUCUUAGGACCCGAAUGCUCCGAAACGACCACCGUCCGCAUUCCUGAACUACAGCCGAACACGGCGUACGGCCUUGAUCGAAGAGAAUCCGCAUAUGAAGAACACGGAUAUAUCCAAACUUCUUGGCAAAGAAUGGAAGGCCGCGCCACAACAAGUUCGCCAACCCCACAUCGAUAAAGAGCUGUAUGAACGAGAAGUUUAUCAUAAGAAAAUAACUGCAUGGCGAACACAAAAUCUAGAAGCAAGUGUGGCCACGAAGAGCAAACAGCAGAAACUAUCCGCCAUAGGCGAUCAAAAGAGGCUACCGGAAGAAGCUCGUCCAGGCCCAUUGCAACCGUCUCCACCACUACGGGCCAUAGUGCCAUCUCUUUCAUUUCCGUCCGUUUCACCUCCGCGUCCAGAGUUAUCCGGUUCUAUCCAAGAGCCAGAACGAAAGAUUUAUGUGUGGGGCAGUAGUUCCCCAGUCGAAGGGCCAGCACCAAGCGACGCGAUGGCGUUGGACAACUACCGUUUGACAAACCAGGGGAUGCUGUUACCCUCGGUUCCAUCGGAGAAAAGGCAAGGAACCAGCUCCGCGGGGGACGUCCAUACCGGGCAGCAAUCCUCUACAGACUAUUCGGACCGUGCUUUUGUAUCACAGCAACCGCCGCUCCUGCCUUCUCCACCGAUGCUUUGGCCGAAACCAGCGAUGAUGACUCCCAACAGAUGCCAAAGCAUCACGAAUCCUAGUCAACCGCCAAAUAAUAAUGCGUAUGCAGGUGAGAAUAUCCAGGCCUUUGUACAGGGAAUCGUCUCUUCCUACACGAGUUUCAUUUUCUCCUAACAAACUUGCUCUAAUGCUUUUUCUCGGUUUGCCUUCUCGCAAUACCUGCUCCCUGUCACCGAUGUCUACCCCAUUCGGCAACGACCUCGCAGAAAAAAUCAAGCUACCGGAAAUGCUUCUACCACCACCCAAGCAGCUGGUGCCGGUCUCUACACCAGUGCCGGCCCCCGUGACCCCUAUGCAGCAGCCGCGAAACAGAUCGACCACCGAUUUCCAAAACCUGUUUUUCCCGGCAAUUUUUGACGACUACGAUUCUGCGAACAACAACAUCGUAGAGAACACCGACCUGGAUUUGUUGCUCACGGACUGAUCCAUCCAUCGAUGCCAUUGUGGACGAAUGGAUCGAUUGGUUGCAAUGCUGCGAAAAGGGCAUCGUCAAAAAAUCGAGCAGCAUGCUGCUAUUCCUUCAUAGAAUGCCAUGUCAUGCAAUGUCGUAUCCUAUCAUUUACAUCAUACCAUUACAUCAUUCAUCACCGACAAGGCAACUACAAUAGCGACACAAAAUCCCCUGGUCGUCUUUCGAGCCUCUCGAAGAAAUCAGAGAAGGGCUAGCGUGGCACAGGAUUGAUGUCGUCUCCACUGUUUGUUUCUACGAGUACGCGCUUCCCCACAUUUUUUACCACCGAAGGAGACGAAUCUUUUCUCGAUCACUAAAUUUACAACACUCUG